AUGGCUGUUGGUAAAAACAAGAGAUUGUCCAAGGGAAAGAAGGGAUUGAAGAAGAGAGUCGUAGACCCUUUCACCAGAAAGGAAUGGUUCGACAUCAAGGCCCCAACCACCUUUGAAAACAGAGCCGUUGGUAAGACUUUGAUCAACAAGUCCACCGGUUUGAAGAACGCUGCUGAUGGAUUGAAGGGUCGUGUCAUCGAGGUCAACUUGGCCGACUUGCAAGGCUCUGAGGAUCACGCAUACAGAAAGGUCAAGUUGAGAGUGGAUGAGGUUCAAGGUAAGAACUUGUUGACCAACUUCCAUGGUAUCGACUUCACCUCUGACAAGUUGAGAUCAUUGGUGAGAAAGUGGCAAUCAUUGGUUGAGGCCAACGUCACCGUCAAGACCGCUGAUGACUACUACUUGAGAGUUUUCGCCAUUGCUUUCACCAAGAGACAACCCAACCAAGUCAAGAAGACUACUUACGCUCAGUCUUCCAAGUUGAGAGAAAUCAGAAAGAAGAUGAUGGAAAUCAUGCAAAGAGAGGUUUCCAACUCCACCUUGGCUCAGUUGACCCAAAAGUUGAUCCCAGAGGUGAUUGGUCGUGAGAUUGAAAAAUCUACCCAAACUAUUUUCCCAUUGCAAAACGUUCACAUCAGAAAGGUCAAGUUGUUGAAGCAACCAAAGUUCGACUUGGGUAACUUGAUGUCCUUGCACGGAGAAGGUGCCUCCGAGGAAAAGGGUAAGAAGGUUUCUUCUGGUUUCAAGGAUGUUGUCUUGGAGUCUGUUUAA